AUGUAAAUUAAAAAAAUUUAAGAAAUCAAUUGCUAGUGUUGUGUGUAUAGAAACAAUAUCAAAUUAUUAUUCAAAGGGGAAAAAGGUUUACUAAGAAAAGUGGUUAUUUCCUUAUAUGAAAGAUAUCCAGCUCAAGCUGCACCAAUCAUCUAACAACCAAUUAAACUCAAAUAACCUACUUUAGAAUAGAUGUUUUCCCGCCAAAAAUAGGCAAAAGAAGAAACUAAAGAGGUUAUUGAUAAAAAACCUCUCGAAAUGGAAGUUUAUAUAAAAGUCUUCUGCAAUGGAGAGGAAUUACUUUGCUUCAACUUAGACGAAAGCAUAAAUUUAUCUAAAUCUGAAGUGAGAUAAUAAACACUCAAUUUAUAAUUUGCAGAUAAAAUUCUCUCUCUUUAUGAAUGUCCUAAUGAAAUACUGGAAUAAUUUAGAUCUAUUACAUUAUCCUUAGAAUUAUAAAAUGAUAAAAAACAACUAAUUAAUCACCGAAAGAACACUUAAAAUCUCCCAACAAAAGAGGUCUAGCAAUCACAACCUGAAAUCCCCCCUAAAGAUACACAAGAGAAAAGAGAAUUAAACGUAAUCUAAAGACUGAAAUUACAGAGGAAAUUAUUAGCUUCGUAAUAAUAGCAAUUAUAAUAAUAAUAAUAAAGCGAAUAGAUCUAAAAGUAAAUAAUAAAGACCAAAUCAUAAGAACCUGCUAUUCCAAUUAAAUAAUUAAAUAUUAAAUUCUAGUUACCCUUGUUCAUUUGGACCCAAGUAUUGUCAUAUAUAGAUUCUCUGUAAUUGUUGGGAUUGAGAUUGAUAAACAAAUAGUUUGAAUAAUCGAUUAAUAACUUAAUUCGUAAAUUAUCAUAUAAACAUGUUGGAGAGAUCCCCUAUGAAAUUUUGUGUAGUUCUUUGAUCAAAUUUUCAAAAUUGAAACACCUAAGUUUUGGAUCCUUGAAGAAUAUCAAGCCUACUCAAUUACAAGAUGUCAGAAUAAGUUCAAUCUCACUUCUACUAACUUUAGAUUUAAAAGAUUAUCAUGCUUUGACUGAUAAAUUGUGUUCUAAAUUUAUUUUGUAAUGUGUCAACUUAAAAACCUUAGUGUUACCUUACAACUCUAAAAUUACAAGUGAUACUAUAACACUAAUUUCUUAAAAACUUACCAAUCUCGAAAGGCUAAAAUUAGUAGAGAAGGAUAAGGGUCAAUUAAAUGAAGAAAUUGCCUUUACAUCAUAUUUAUCAAUCUUUUAAUUAAAAUAACUUCAUUACAUUAGAAUUCCAUUUUUACAAGUAGAUUUCUUUUUGAAAUAUUGUUAACAGAACGAAACUAAUCCCAUUAAUUCUAUAAAAUAGAAAAUUAAAAUUGGAACAAUCAUAUUUUCUAUAUUAAACUCAAAUCAAAUAACCCAAUUUCUAAAUUUCCUUUAAAUCAAUAAUGACAUCAUUAAGUUAUCCAUAGGGGAAUUAUAAAUGAAAAAUUUAACUCCCUUAAAACAUACUGUUUUAUUUGAUGAGAGAAUAUUUUAACAAUUGAAAGGAAUAUUUAAAUUCAGUUUUGGAGGAUUUGUUGACGAUGAGUACUGCAGAUAACUUUGUACCCAUAAUCCAGAUAUUAAGUAGCUAAAAAUAAGAUCAAAAAUGAUUACAGAUGAUGGUUUAAAAAAUAUAUUCUUAAAAUGUAAAUCAAUCGAAAAAAUUGAUGUCGCAUUUUGUUCUAUGAUUUGCGGUACUGGAUUUGAAUAUCUGACCGAUAAAUCACUUACUUUAGAGUAUCCAAAAAUAUUUAUAGUUGUAUCUCUGGAUGAUUACAAUUUGCAAUGUUUGGAAGAGUUAUUACAAAGAAAAUCGUAUGAUUGCAAACCUACUAAUAGAAAAAAAUUAAAGAAGUAUUGA